GUAUCUCUUAGUGGAAUCAUGUCUGGUCGUGGAAAGGGAGGCAAAGGUCUAGGGAAAGGAGGCGCCAAAAGGCACCGGAAGGUGUUGCGCGACAACAUCCAGGGGAUCACCAAGCCUGCCAUUCGCCGCCUGGCUCGCCGCGGAGGCGUGAAGCGUAUCUCGGGCCUCAUUUACGAGGAAACCCGAGGCGUCCUGAAGGUGUUUCUUGAAAAUGUCAUCCGCGAUGCUGUGACUUACACCGAGCACGCGAAAAGGAAGACCGUCACCGCCAUGGAUGUGGUCUACGCUCUGAAACGCCAGGGCCGUACUUUGUACGGUUUCGGCGGCUAAGGGAAAUUGGAGAUUGAAAACUUUAAAAAAGCAAAAGGUCCUUUUAAGGGCCACCCACAACAUCAGAAAAAGAGCUGGUUUGCUUUUUUUCCCCCCGUAUGUAAUUAUUUUUUUUAACCUGC